AUGAAGGUAACUUCGCUUCUUCCUCUCCUCCUUGUCCGGGCCUUGUGUUUAGAGGAAUGUGAUGCGUCGGCAGAACUCCAAACAGUGCACCAGAGGGUUAUGGACCUGAAGAAUGCUGCGGAUGGGAGCGAAGAGAUCGAAGAGAGCCAGCCAUGGCCAACGAAGGAUGCAGUUGAGGCCGGCACCACUGUGUGCAAGCAAGGUGUGCAAAGCUGGAACUCUUUUUCGGACGGUGAGGUGAUUAAGGGUACGACCCACUUGCUGGGCGGUUUGGCUCCAGUUGCGGGCUUGGUGCUCGCGGAGCCGGAAGCUCUCUUGGUAGCAGGUGGCCUUGGCAUGAUCGGAGGCCUCUUCGGCAGCGAAGGUGAUGCAGGAAUCAGCAAUGAAGAUCUCCUUGACACGAUGCAGGAGGGCUUCCGAAAUAUCUCGAUAAAGCUUGACGAGAUGGACAUGAAGCUGGACAGCAUGCAGAGGCAGCUGACCGAGAUGCAACUGCAGCUCCAGGUCUUACAGGCGACCAUGACCACGUACGUGGUUGGCCAGUUGAGCAUCAUCCAGGACAUUUCGGGAGAGUUUCGUAACAUCCUGCAGUUGGGGGACGCUGCUCGGAAAGCGCCAGACUUGCACAUGCGGGACUUCAAAAGGCAAAUCGACUUUGCAGUGGUGACUUACGGAAAGGAGCUGUACCCCCCGGCGGGUUGCUUGAGUGCUGGGAACUUGGCGAAUGUCUUGCGAGAUCCGGCUGUCAGUAUUUGUGACGCUGGCGACUUCUACAAACAAGUCAUCGCCGCUCGGUAUGAGAUGUUCUUCAUGAUGCAGAUGAACGAGUAUUUCAAGGACUCCGAUACGAUCUCCCAGCUGAAGCACCUGAACGCCUCGCAAAUAAAGGAGCUGCAGCAGCACCGAGCAGACGCUGCGAGCACCCUACUGGCCCAGCUCUCCGAGCAGUUGGAGACCUACAAGAAGACAGCCGAAAACCUCAGGCCAUCACCCGAGCAGUUCUUGCGGUGGGCCUUUCGGACCCGGGAGAGUUGCCAAGCUGCUUGCAUGACAGCAGAGUGUAACCUCGGGACACGCGUGGGCGAAAGGACUUGGUGCCUUUGGACCUCGGGAGCUUAUGGAUUGGAGGGAACGGUUGAGAAGUGCCACCAGUUUGGGAGGUUUGUUUUGAACUCAGACGGCUACGUGCAAAACUUUCGCAACAGCUACACUGCUAGUUGCCUCACUCUCCUUGCAAAGAACUAUACCUAUCCAAAGAAGUCAGCCAUCACCUUAAUGCCAUGCAAAGAUGUGGCGGAUGCGAGGAUGGUCUUCAGGAUGACGGACUCAGGCACACUACGUGCCCUGGAUGCCAGAUUGACUCUUCCCCACGUGCCGAUGUGGUGGUGCCUGACGAUCGAUUUUGCUGAAGGACAUGUCUCCAAGUAUAGCGACGAUUACAGGCUGGGCACGGUUGACUGCGCCGAUCCGGAUGCCCUGCAGUGGCAGGCAAUUACCUGGCAGGAUAUUUCCUCGCCGUGA